CAUGACUACCGAUGGCGAACUAUUCGUCUCAAGCUUGAAGAGCAUGUUGGAUAAACAGUAUGAACAUUUUGGCCAAAUCAAUGACCACAUUUUGGGCAUGUGGGCUGGCCCUGAACAUUGGCGGAAGAAGGCAAAGCGGCGGAAAGUUGAUGUUAUUACAGGACUAGAAGGGGAUGCUGAUCUCGACGAGAUUAGUCCACUUUCUCAUAAUCAAAACUGUGGAAAAACGGGUAGAAAACCUCGACGCGGCAAAAAGAGUUUAGCUGCUGUGUUGGACUACAAAACGGCCAUGGAACCAAGCGAAAACCGAACCAGAAACGGGCAUUUGGCACGAAAGACGUGGUGUAAAUCGGAGCUAUCUGAAGGCCUCCCUAACUCUUCUGCGCCUAAUGCGACGGUUUUCAAGGAUGCUUAUCGGCAGAAAGCCACUGGCCAGUUAAACUUAUUGCCCUCCGAAUGGACGGAUACGCGGAAUACCCUGUACCAAUUGUGCAAUCGGGAAGUUAUCCUUAAAACUAAUAACCUCUCUGGGUCUCGCAUUGGUGCACCUCCUAAUGAACAGGAUACGCUUGGCCCGCAUCCCCAAACCACUGCUUCUGCUGGUUACGACUUCGACUGGAUCCAUAGACAUCCGGAAGACGACCAGCUCGUGAUAGGUGGCAAUUCCGAGCAAUUAUCCGAACCGCCAGACUCCCCGAUCGGUAUCGGGGAUGACGAUGACGAUGAUGACCUGGACCACUUACCACCUUAUGCUGGUGUUUUUACCCAAGAUAUUAACACUCAGGUAGACAAUGCCGUUAUGGACGGAAUAGAUUUAGUCGCUCAGCCACGCAAAAUAGCACGUAUUGAAAUUGGCUACGCCCGAACCGCCAAAAUGAUCAAUGUGCACCGUCUAAAAGCCGUAAUGUGGGACUUUUUGGAGGCUUCAUUCUCCCCAACCUCACCUAAUCCCGCACAGUCACCUCCGACAUCUACUGGCGAGUCAUCUUCACAACCGCAGAAGACUGUCACCUUCAGCUCUCUAGUUGCCACUCUACCUGACCGCCUCAGUUGGCAGAUGGUGAAGGAGCUCAGUGUUCCCAUCGCCCUCAAUUGUUUGCUCCACUUGGCUAAUGAAAAGGACAUGUUUUUUAUGUGCACCGAGAACCUGACGGAUGUUCUUAUAUCCCGGGGCCUCCCCGAUUCAGAGCUUGAGGCACUCGAAUCCUACCGACUGAGCUCUGAGUCCAACGAGACGGAUCUCCCUCCCAGUAAGGCAUCCAGAACUGAAGGCAACCGGAGUAAAAAGCACAAACGUCCGCGUAGUUCCACUCUGGAUUCUUGGUUGGCUGAUUCUGAUCCCAGUGUACAAACUCCCUGUUAGCGCGUUCGCUUAAACGUUAUGUUGAGAUUGUAAUGCAUUUAUCUUCAUCUUUGUUCUUUAUCUUGCAACUUAUUUCGGUGUGAUGAGUCUUUUCCGUCUUAAUCCCUGUAUUGAUGCCUGUCAGCAGAACCACAUGUAUUUUUAUACAGUUCCCCGUCCAAUAAAGCAGAAUACACUCUGCACGUCUACCGAAAUUGGUUCUACAGAACAAUCUCUCCUUUAAUUGCUCUUAUCUUUCGACUUGUUUUCACUCGUUCACCGCCUCCUAGCAGGUGUAGUGUCGUGUUCGCGAUGUGUCGUUCAAGAUCUAGCGUUCACUACUCCCUCAAUAAAUCAUUUCACUCUUCUGAACCAAUCCCUUUACUCCUCAGAGUUUCUAAUCAAUUAGAUCCAGAGCAAGGCCUUGUAACUUGUCCAACAGUGGACAUCCAUCAUGCUGCACUUCUUUGCAGCGGUUAUCAUUCCAUCUCUGAGAUUCGCUUAGGCAGUAUAGAGUGGCUCUUUCUACGCCCACUGACACUGUUUUACUUUUGCAAAAAUUCCACUCCAUCUCGUUUCCCCCCUAUCACUCGUGGCCUACACGGAUUUGGAUCACCGUCUUGUCUCCCAUCGGUUUCGUCUGUUCGAUGUCGAUCCUUCAGCAAAAUACAACUCUCAUCUUU